UGAAAGGGUGGAGACUUGGACUAAAUAGUGUGGGGGAAAACGCCGUGGCAUAUAUUCAAUUUGUUCUGAAUUAUAUUCCUCUUGUUAUAGAAACACACAGGGUGUCAAUAAUAUUGAAUUCUAAUAUUUAAAGACAUGAAAAGGGGCGCAUACCAAUAUUUUUUCUUGUUUGUCACAAGUUUAACGGUGUUCCCUGUAACUCCUUUGGAAGAAGAGCUCUCAAAUUCUCUCUUUGAUAAUUUUCUGGAGCCAAUAAAGGGCUUGUUUAACAAGAAGGAUGGAAGUAGUGCCUAUGCAAAGUUCUCUCUGCGGAGACCUUCAGAUCCAGAUGAGGACGUGUGCUAUAUUGUGCCCGGAAGUCCCGAGUCCCUCAGCGCCUGCCAUUUCAACAGCACUGCUAAGACCUUUCUGGUGAUCCAUGGAUGGACGGUGAGCGGGAUGUUUGAGAGCUGGGUCGCCAAGCUUGUAGCUGCGCUGUACGAGCGGGAACACUCUGCCAAUGUCAUCGUAGUGGACUGGCUGAACACGGCACAGAAUCAUUACAUCGUGGCUGCUCAAAACACGAAGAUAGUGGGACAAGACGUCGGUCACUUUAUCGACUGGAUAAAGGAGACGACUAAUGUCACUCUGGAGGAUCUUCACCUCAUUGGCUACAGUCUGGGUGCCCAUGUGGCUGGGUUUGCUGGAAGUCACGCCUCCAACAAAGUCGGAAGGAUAACUGGUCUGGACCCGGCUGGGCCUGACUUUGAAGGCGCCCAGGCCCACCACCGCCUCUCCCCGGAUGACGCCCAUUUCGUGGACGUGCUGCACACUUUCACCCGGGGCUCCCUGGGCCUGAGCAUCGGCAUCCAGCAGCCGGUGGGGCACGUGGACAUCUACCCCAACGGGGGCGGCUUCCAGCCUGGCUGCAACCUGCGUGGAGCCCUGGAGAAAAUCGCUAACUUCGGGAUCCUGGCGAUGACCGACGCGGUGAAGUGCGAGCACGAGCGGUCCAUCCAUCUCUUCAUCGAUUCGCUGCUGAACGAGCAGCAGGCCAGUCAGGCGUACAGCUGCGGGAGCAGCGACAUGUUCGACCGCGGCGUCUGCCUCAGCUGCAGCAAGAACCGCUGCAACACCGUGGGCUACGACGUCAGCAGGGUGCGCCAGGCCCGCAGCGCCAAGAUGUUCACCAAAACCCGGGCCUCCAUGCCCUACCGAGUGUACCACUACCAGCUGAAGAUUCACUUCUCCAGUAAGGUGAACCGGUCUGAGAUGGAGCCCUCAUUGACAGUGUCUCUAUACGGAACUAAUGGAGAUGCUGAGGACCUUCAGCUGAACAUAAAAGACAAGAUUUCAACCAACAAGACCCAUUCCUUCCUUCUGGUGACCGAGAAGGACAUUGGAGAACUUCUGAUGAUGAAAUUUAAGUGGGAGGAGUCCAGCAGCUGGUCCUCCUCCUCUCUGCUACAGAUGGUGUCCUCUUGGUGGUCCGGGGACUCUAGCGCCACCUCUGGUGUGGAGGUCCACAAGAUCCGUGUUAAAGUCGGGGAGACACAGAAGAAGAGCGUCUUUUGUGUCAAGAGUCCUCAAGCACUCAAUUUGGCACAGGAAGUCACAUUUGUGAAGUGCAUGGAUGGAUGGAAGAACCCCUCAAAAAGGCAUUUCCAGAAGAAACACUGAGUUUGAGUCUGAAGAUCUGCUGUGGACCAACUGUCACCUCUGAACAAGCAUUUUGAAAAUAAUCUUUCCAGCUGAAACUAAUGUUUCAAAUGUAAUAUCUCAAGCAAAAUGCAAAGUACACACUGUUAUGUAUAUAAUGUAAAGUAAUAUUUUUAAUGUGUAAAUAUGUAUAUAACACGUUUCUAAGUACUGCUUUUUGAGCCAUGCUCUACUCCGAUUCCGCUCAUCGUUAUCCAGCUGGUAACCCAAAGAGACUGUCUUUUAUACAAAGACUAUGGUGCUUAUUAAUGCUCUACUACAUUGUUACAUUAAGGUUUUGUUUAGGAAACUAUGGGUGCCCUGGAGCACUGCAUGCAGCAUGAUACUUUUGACUAUAGUCAUAACCAUGACAUGCAGUAAUGUAAGUGUCAGUGAGACUGUGAGCUGAAUAACUUUCUGCAUUAUACAAUGGCACUUAUAUGUAUCUGUACCUACAUAUUACACAGCUAUAACAAGGGAUGGCAGACUUCACUUAACAGAGCCAGGAAUCAGUAGAAACUGAUUGACUUACGGUACUAAACUUCUGUCCCAUCUCUUGGCCUUGCCUUGCGUGGAAAGUGACCUGUAAGUGCAUUCACCGCUGUCUGCCUCACUUUUGUGGGUUAAGGUUCUGACAGAGUGUGCCUUAAAAAAUGUCUGACAGCAGUAUAGAUGUGAGCUGCAAUCGACACUUAAAGCGUCUUAACUGAUGUUUAAUUCCCUGCUGUUUCAGUGAUUAAUUUCUGUUGUACAUUUUGGCGUAUCAUUUUUAGAGUAAUCGAAUUGUAUGUGGAUUGAAAAGCAUUUUAAACCUAAAGUCUAGACAUAUCUUAAGUUUAUUUAUUCAAGUACUUGAGUAAAAAUUAAUGCUCAUUAUUUUUAUAUGACGUAGAUAUAUAAAAUAGAUUUUGUUAAGGUCAAUGUAUAUUACUUUUGUGUCAAGAAAUUAUCGCCUUCAUAUCAUUUCUGAUCAUAAGGACAUUGCAGCCUUCUCUCCCAACUAAAAGUACAUCUAAAUGUGCCCAUUUAGAUCAAUGAAAGGGCAGACUUUCAUUAAGAAGAUGAAUGUUAGAAGGAUGCUCUCCUGUUAUUUCAGAAAUUAGGCAAUGAAUAGCCAAGAUUGUUCUCCCAAUGUGAACCUUUGUUGCCUGGCAGAAAUAUAAUUCCACUGACUGCACUACCAAUAAUAACUGACAAACAUGAAAAAUAAAAAUCACUCUCCAGUAUGGUUCAUUAACUUACUCGCACUUCAUUCCACGUUGGAUGGGAGGCUACUUUGACUAGUCUUUGCCGAAAAUGGGGAAAUAAAUUAGUAGAAAUAUUGUGAAAAGGAAGGUAUAUUAUAAGGUGGCAUAAUGGGUCACAUUGCUUAUAUAAAUUGAAUGGGUAGAGUUGUGGAUAAUAACCACUCUCAAGUUGAUGUACGAUGAGUAGGCCUUGCAUUCAGGAAUCCCUUGGAUGUGGAAGCUCAGUGUGUGAAAUUGGUCCUGUAUGUAAGUGUUAUAAGAAACCCUACUGUAAUGGUUCUUUCGCAUAUCAGUUCAUAUCAUCUCCAUUCAACUUGUAGAAGAUGGUAAAAGUUUUGCAAUUUUUGUAUUAAAUGUCAUGUUUUUGCAAUGGCAAAAAGAAAUAUCACAAAGAAUGCAAGAUGUGCGUUAAUACCAUGUAUUAACAAUAAUGUAAAACCUUAUGGUAAAUAUUGUUCAUGUGUACUGUAUGGGAUGGGCUUAAUCUAAAAAAAAAAGGCAGUAGACAUAGUUGAAUGAUCAUGUAUAUAAUUGUAAAUAUGUACAUGCAUUUGAAUAAAAAUCCAUGAAUCCAA